UAUGUGUUGAGGAUAAGGAUCCCAAGAAUGGGCACUGGUUCAUAUUCCCAUGAAAUCGUAAAUGAAACAUGAUCCCUUUAAGAGAGUUGAUUCCCAUUAAGUCUGUGCCGCUGCCGCUCCCGCUGCCGAAUCUUCUGGCAAAGCGACCCUCUCCUGCAUCUCCCUGGUUCUCAGCUGUAUAAAAUUGAGGUCACUAGGAGCUCAGUUUCAGAACAAGUGAGAGAGAGCUGGUGAAUGCCGCUUGCACACUGUGCUUCUCAGGGAGCCAGUGUGGGCUUAAAGAGGCGGCAGCGAAGCCAUGAAGGAGCUGGUGACUUGGUUGCUUUCAGCUUGGAUGGUUUGGGAAGCAUUCGGGAGCACUGCACGCCUCCACAAAGCAAACAGCCAGGAUGGCAGCUGCAUCUAUUCCUUCACAGUCCCCAGUGCAAACGAAGCCAGCUGCACUGACCCUGGGGAAGUGAUGGCUGUUCUUGGGGACCUCCAGAGGGAAAGCAAGAGCCAGCAGCUAGAACUGGAGUCCUCCAAAGCAAGGCUCAGCCUCCUGGAGAACCUGGUCAGCCAGCUGCAUGGAAAUCAAGCAGCAAGGAGUUCCUCCUCCUCCUCUGUGGUGAGUUCGCUUCAAAAAGAGGUAGAGCGUUUGAAGAGAGAACAAGCCCAGAGGGACACACAGGUCGGCAGGUUGGAGUACACCAUCAGCAACCUGCUCCGAGACAAGUCUGACUUGCAAGAGGAUAAGAAGUGGCUGGAGGAAGAGAGGAAGGAGCUGGGAAGGAGGUUGGAGGACACCAUGCAGGAGGUGGAGCGGCUGAGAGCGAGACACUGUCCCCAGGCUGGAGAGGCAGCCAGCAGGGACUCCCUUCAAGAGUCAAAUGGAAACACAGACACUCUGGACUACCAAGAGCUCAAAUCGGAGCUGGUGGAGGUUCCUGCAUCCCGCCUCUAUCAAGGAAGCCCCUCACCUGGCCUCCCCAGCGCAGAGGGGGAAGAAUCAGGCUGUGGAGUGCUCAUAUCGGUUGGUGAGCCAGUGACCUUCCGCAGGGCAGAGACCAUUGCUGGCAAGUAUGGCGUGUGGAUGAGGGACCCAGAACCCAUCUCUCCCUACAGCCGAGAGACAACUUGGAGAGUUGAUACCGUUGGUUCGGAUGUCCGCCAAGUCUUUGAGUACAACAAUGCGGAUCAGUUCACCAAAGGCCACCCUUCCAAAGUACAUGUGCUGCCCCGAUCCAUGGAGAGCACUGGAGCUGUCGUUUAUCGGGGUUCCCUCUACUUUCAGACGCGCAAGUCUAGAAUAAUGGCAAAAUAUGACCUGAAGACUGAAGUUAUUACAGUCCAAAAGGAGCUACCCAAUGCUGGCUACCACGGACAGUUUCCCUACUCAUGGGGUGGCUAUACAGACAUCGACUUUGCAGUUGAUGAGAUGGGGCUGUGGGUAAUUUACAGCACUGAAAACGUAAAGGGGGCCAUUGUGCUUUCUAAACUGGACCCAGAGACCAUAGAGAUUGAACAAACAUGGGAAACCAACAUCCGCAAGCAGUCAGUGGCAAAUGCCUUCAUGAUUUGUGGCUCCUUGUACACCAUCAGCAGCUACUCAUCCCCUGAGGCCACUGUCAAUUUCAUCUACUCCACUAACACAGGGACGAGCGCACCACUGAACAUCCGCUUUGAGAAUCGCUACAGAUACAGCAGCAUGGUAGAUUACAAUCCCACAGAAAGGAAACUCUUGGCUUGGGACAACUUCAAUAUGGUUGCCUAUGAUAUCAAGCUUUCCAAGAUGUGAUUUGCUUGGAGAGAGUGGGGAGAUGCUAUAUCAAGGGAAGCUUGGAGCAGGAAGUCCAUAUGACCACCAUUACUUUGACUAGUUACAAUAUGGGGCACACAAAUCAUGCCAAAGCUAUCCAGACCAAGCUCUACUGAAGAUACAGGAGCUGUGUGCAAGCUCAAUCCUGUGCUUAGUGGCUGUGCUCUUUUGCAGCUGCUAUUCAUUUCAGUGGAGUUUAGGAAGGAGAACUUCCCAUGGAUUGUACCCCAGUUCACUGGCCUUAAUGGGCACCCAUUGCCAUUUGCUCCAAAGGUAUCUGCACAGUAUAGCCUUUCCUAAUUAGACCUGGAACACAAAUGCAUGCAGCCUUAAAAAUGACACAGUCAUUGCCUCUGCAGCUCUCUUCUUAGCCUGGCCAUAGGAUUCAGCACUGUUGGUUGACAAGCAGGACUGAAGUAAUCUCUUUCACUCUCUUCUGUGGACCUGACCUGACAAUGGUGCAUUCAUUACGUAAGUGUAAAGUUACCGUUGUUAUAUUUGGCUUUAAUGUAAAGCCCAGCUUGCCUAUAACAGCCUGGUGGCUGCCUCUUCACUGCAGAGAACUUAGCAGAGAGGGCACUUUGUGGUGGGGAAGGGGCUGCUUAAACCUUUCUCACCCACUUCUUUUUGCCUGUAAAAGGUACUGUAAAGGUAAAGGACCCCUGACAGAUAAGUCCAGUCGCAAACGACUCUGGGGUUGUGACGCUCAUCUUGCUUUACUGGCCAAGGAAGCUGACGUUUGUCCGCAGACAGUUUUUCCGGGUCAUGUGGUCAGCAUGACUAAGCUGCUCCUGCCGAAACCAGAGCAGCGCAUGGAAACGCCAUUUACCUUCCCGUCGGAGUGGUACCUAUUUUAUCUACUUGCACUUUGAUGUGCUUUUGAACUGCUAGGUUGGCAGGAGCAGGGACUGAGCAACGGGAGCUCACCCUGUCGCGGGGAUUUGAACCGCUGACCUUCUGAUCAGCAAGCCCAAGUGGCUCAGUGGUUUAGACUACAGCCACGCGCAUCCCUUUUUGCCUGAAGCUUGUCUUAAACUGCUUCCUCCUGGCAGUUCGAAGUUCCAGGUUGAAGUUUUCUCUCUGUGUUAGAAAUAAACAGUGUACUGGUGUAGUAAAAGCAAUUGAGAGAUAUUUCAGAGGAGUAUAAUUUGUCAGAAUUACAAAUCUAAGAAGUGCAUUAAGUGAAUAAAAAUUCAGAACAGUCCCUGCCUGCAGGCUUGCAGUCUAAAUUCCAUUUAG